AUGGCGGAAGGCCUCGACAGUGUUGCGGUACCCAGCAUCGCGGCUCUCCCACCAACGACAACGCGACAGAUCGGUUCCGGGCAGGUCCUCGUCGAUCCUAGUUCCGUCGUCAAGGAACUCAUAGACAACGCUCUAGAUGCGCGAGCGAAGAGCAUAUUUGUGGAUAUCACUGCUAACACGGUCGACUCUAUCCAAGUCAAAGAUGAUGGCCAUGGUAUACCAGCUGAAGACCGCCCUCUCGUAUGUCGCCGCUACUGUACCAGCAAAAUUCGAGACCUUCACGACCUGAGAGAAGUCGGAGGGAAAUGGCUGGGCUUUCGUGGUGAGGCACUAUCAAGCAUGGCCGACAUGAGUGGCUCGCUCUCUGUCACUACUCGAGUAGAAGGAGAGCCAGUCGCUGUCAAGCUGAAGUAUGAUCGGAACGGCGAGCUGACUUCCACUGAACACGACUCCCAUCCAGUUGGUACGACGGUCAAGGUUACCAAGUUCUUCGACUUCGUACCCGUCCGAAAAGAGACGGCGAUCAAGAAUUCAGCGAAAGUGCUUGCCAAGAUCCGGCGGCUGAUGCAAGCCUAUGCACUGGCCAGGCCUACUAUACGCUUCAGGCUUCGCGUACUGAAAGCGAAGAACAGCAAUGGUGACUUCGUCUAUGCGCCAAAGGCCGACGCCAACGUUGAAGACGCAGUUCUAAAAGUCAUUGGUAAGGACUGCGCUCUACAGUGUGAUUGGACUGCAUUGGAGGCCAAUGGCUUCGAGGUUCAUGCUUUCCUGCCCAAGCCAGGUGCAAGCGGAUCGAAGAUAGCUCAUCAAGGGGCGUUCGUCUCGAUCGAUGCAAGGCCUGUGUCGAACAGUCGUGGUACUAUCAAGCGGAUCAUCGCAACUUACAAGGAACGACUCCGCAAAUCAGCGCCUUCGCUGGCUGGCGUCAAGGAUCCGUUCUUCUGCAUGAACAUCAUUUGCCCGCCUGACAGUUACGACCCCAACAUCGAGCCAGCCAAAGACGACGUUAUGUUCGAUAACAGCGAAGUGGUUGUUGCGGUUGUGGAUAAGCUACUCAAAGCUUACUAUCCUGAGGCUAUCCAGGCUAUCCAAGAUAUUCAGGAUGCUGAGAUGCCGACAUCUGCACAACAACAGUAUGAGCCUCAAUUUGAGGAACUACCGAGUCGCGUCGAAAGCUCCAUCACGAUACAUGAGGAUGAGCCUGCAAACCGGAAUGAGCAACCCACGACUGAUCCAGCUCAGGCGCUGCCACGCUGGAGGUCAAGCAUGUAUGGUAUUGAUGAGGACGACCUUGAGUUUCUGCAAGAAAACCCAGCACCUGUGGUCGAAGAGGAAGAUGAGAAGGGUCUACGCGCAGUGGAAGUUAUCCAUCAUAUGCCGGACCUCAGUUCAGAUGCUGGUGCUCUCGACGAUAGGACACAAGAGCGGGAUACGGACAGUCGAGAUUGUCACGAGCGUCUCGGUGCUCCGUCGCAGAACGCCUUAUCGAGCCAUUUUGCACGAUCUGACAUCAACUCCAUCAAGUCAGGACUCACGGACUACAACCAGAUCGAAAAGGGCUCACAGCGGUUGACCUCUCCAGUAAUGUCAGCUCCUCGUAACCGCCGCACUCAACCGGCCUAUGUAAAUACACCAAUUGCACCACCAAAGCAAAGGUCAAAUGCUCGUCGGCAGAAGCAGGCCAAGAAGAUGGGAGGAUCGCCAUUCUCUAACAACGCCUCAUCUUCUCCAAGCAGACCCGUGUUGGACCCAGCAGACCGGCUAGUCGCUAGACAACUUCAUUCAAACGACAACACUGAUAUCCGUAACUUCUUUGCGCGCGGCAGAGAUAAGGGCACAAGUGAUUCGCUGGUUGACGGUCUUUCUCGAGCUUCCUCAGCGGAACCGCAGUCCCGCUCAAAGCGCAUCAGAAAUUCUUCACUGGUCAACGAUGACGUUCAGAUGAAUACUGAUUCGCGAAGAGUGGCCGACCAAUUUCAAGCAGUUGCUGAACCUGAAGAUCGACCCCUUGGGCUUCAGAUAUCUACCCGAAUCUCAAAGCCUCCAGAGACGCACCGUCCCGACCAAAGCACCAAAGAGAUGGAAGCAUAUUUCAAAACGCAAGUACAGCAACACUCCAGCUCCCCAUCCCGCUCCCAAAAAGCAUCUCAAAGGCAAGAACCUCGCAUCGCACCACCCCACGAAACAUCAAAGAAACCGCAUCGACUCAGACGCCGCACAACAGACGCUCUCGAGCGUACCAAGUCCUCCAAACUCCCCUUGGAGCGCACACCCGAUGGCUUCCAGAUCCAAGACCUAAUUCUCCACCUUCCAGCCAGCAUCGACACCAUCGUACAAAGCUCGCGUAAACUCGACAUGCAGCGCAACAGUCCAGAGUGGGGUUACGCGUCGGAAAGCGCAUACGACGUGUUCGGCGAGCCGGUGUUUGAAAAGAAGAUCAUGGAGUGGGUGGUUACGUUGGAUGCACUGUUGUGUCAGCGGUAUGAGAGGGUCGAUGGACCGGAUGCGCGGUGUGAGUUGCAUGAGGGGAUUCAGCGGGCGCUUGAUGCGAGGAAGGAGGCGGAUGAUGUUACGCAGAGGGAGGAGAGUAUAGGUCAAGACGUACGACGCGCUGCAGGCGAGAGAAUCGAACAUGAUGUCUCGAUGGAUUUCGGUGGUGCUUCUGGCGUCGUGGUUCAGCAGCCUGUCGUCGAGGAAGAGAAGAAGGUGCAAGAUGACUGCGAGUUCGAUUUCGAUAUGGAGGAGUUUGUUGAUCUGACGGGAGGGGACGGGAGACAGAACCUGUCCAUAGCUGGUCAAGAGAACGUGGAAGAGGAUAAAGUAAAGGGAGAGUUUGAUGACGAUAUCGAGGAUGAGAUGUUGAUGGACUUGUAG